AUGGAGACCUACAAGGAUGCCCAUUCGGAGGAGCUCGCGAAGACUAAGGGAAAAGCGGCUGUUGGGGAGCCCCAGGGCAAAGGAGCAGAGAGCGGGGCUCCGGGCCAGGCGUCUGAACUCGAAGGCCCUAACCCGGAGCUGCCCCCAGCAGGACCGGGCAAGUUCAAGAAGACGGCCCUGAAGCUCUUCGGGGGCAAAAGGAGCAUCUGUACUCUGCCCAGCUUUCUGGGGGGCAGCCGAAGCAAAGGACCGGGGAAAGGAGCCGCAAAGAGGGGUCUGAGCAAGAGUAAGACCCACGACGGCCUGCAGGAGGCCUCUCAGGAGUCCGAGCCACCACCUCCAUCUGUCAAAGGGGCCAGCCACAGCUCACCCCUAGCUGGGUCACUUCACCUGCUCCCCAGCUCCCUAAGCUCCCAGGGGGCCCUCGAGACAGGAACGUGCCUCAAGAAAUCUCCACUCAGAGGUCCUGAGAAGCCCAGGCCAGAGAGGGCUCCGACUGCCCCACGACCAAAGAAAGGAUUAAAGGGGUUAUUCAACAGCAUUCGCCGCCACCGCAAGCCCAAGGUCCCCGAACCUGAGCGAAGCUCCCCAGGCAAAGAAGGGCUGGAGGUACCCAAAGAAGGGCCCGGAGAGCCUCCCGGUUCGGCCCCUCAGCCCAUCACCAGGGAUGAGUGCUUGCCCCUGCCGCCAUCAAAUGCUAAGUCCAUCGAACUUCAAGGCCCGGAACCAGACCCUCCUCCACCAGUUGCCGGGGAGAUGUCCCCGGAGGACCCCGAACAACUCUUGGAGGCCUCUAUCUCAUCGCCCCCACCACUCGAGCCUAAUCCCGAGCCUGGCGGCCCAGCGGACUCAUCUGGCCCAGAGGUGAGGGGAGAUGAAGAGGAGGGAGAGCCAUCUUUGGGCCUUUCUGGAGACCAGUUGAGCCUCCUUUUUGGGGAUGUCACUUCUCUAAAGAGUUUCGAUUCCCUGACGGGCUGCGGGGACAUCAUCGCAGAGCAGGACGUGGACAGUAUCACCGAGAGCAUCAUCUCUGCCGAGAGGGGACCUGGGCGAGAGUCGGUCAAGCGGAGUUCCUGCCUAGUCACCUACCAAGGCGGUGGGGAGGAGAUGGCCAUGCCAGAGGAAAUGGAGGAGGAAGAGGAAGAGGACGAGGAAGAGGAAGAAGAAACCAUGGGACAUUUGUCCGAGAGGGCCAACUCAGCACGGGAAGAAGCCCCCAUCUAUCACCUCACCAGGGAAUUGGGCCCCCAUGGUUGCUUCUUGUUCGAGGGGGCCCGCCCAUACUCUGAUCCGGAGCCCGGGGAGCUUCUGACCCCCCAGAGUGAUCAGCAAGAGUCUGCCCCGAACAGCGACGAAGGUUACUAUGACUCCAACACGCCAGGACCAGAUGAUGAUUCUGGCGAUGGCCUGGGCCCUGGGAAGAAAGACCGACUGCCUCGAGACAGCUACAGUGGGGAUGCCCUGUAUGAAUUCUUUGAGCCUUGUGACAGCCUCACAGGCUCUCCACCAGGGGACGAGGGCCUGUUUGACCCUCCGGGCCCUGGCCCUGAACUCUUUGACGAUUUCUUGUCUUUUAAACCCUUUCCCUCCAGCAAAGGGCCAGACCCGUCUCUGGGCACCAUGGAGACAGAGGAGGAAAGGCUGGUGACCAUUCAGAGACAGUUGCUCUAUUGGGAGCUCCGAAGGAAGAGGCAGGAGCCGCAAGGGCCUUAUCCGCAGCGGGAAAAACCCAGUGAAGAACAUCACGAGAGAGCCCUAGGCCCUUUCCGCAAGAACACGGGAGGGGACCCAGGCAGUUUGCUCCAUGCUGGGCGGAACCUCAACUCGGUCUUCUCUGUUGCCCCAGUUUGGAAGGAUUUCUCACCCGAGGAAGAAUGUUAUGAGUGGAAAGGGCAAGGCGCCUGCCCGCUUCAGCUCUGCCCAGGCGACAGGGUAUUUGAGCCAGGCCCAGAGGAGACCGGCUUUGAGGAGGGGUCCCCCGGCAGGACCUAUGGCUCCUAUUCGCCGACGGAGAGCCCCGAAGCAGAUUCAGAGGAUCGAGAGGAGGAUCCCGCUGUGAGCUUCUCCCAGGCCCUGGUAGAGUUCACGAGCAACGGGACCCUGUUCUCUAGCCUUUCGGGCAGCUCUGAUUCGGACUCUUCUUUUGCCCAGAACCUCCCGGUGCUGCCACCCAUGGUGACCUUUGACAUCGCCGACGUGGAGCGGGAAGGUGAAGGGGAGUGUGAGGGCCCCCCGGAAUUCCACACUGAUGAUGAGGACUUUGAUGUGGGCUACAUUCCCAAGGAGGCCUUGGAUGACCUGGAUGAGCGCCUCUUCCCUGGCUCCUUCCGAGGCCUCCCCUGGGGGGUGGGCAGCCUCCCCCGGCACCUGGGUCUGCCUGGCCUGAGCCCUCCACCUCUGCCACCUCCUAUGACCCUCAACAGAAGGAGUCGCUCCCUGGACACAGAGACCCUGGAACUAGAACUGGCUGGCUCUCAGCUAACCCCGAGCUACAUGGAGCCUGGGAAGCGAGAAGAGCCCGAGGAGGGAAGGUGGGGUUGGGAGAGCCCCUUGGACUCCUACGUGGAGCCCCCAGAAACAUAUGACUGGCCAACCUGGGCCCGCUGCUCCCCCCCAACAGGGCCCAGCCACGGCUGGCAGCAGCCAGACGUGGCUAGAACCCCAUUUGGGUCCCCAGCUUGCUAUGGCUCCCUGAGGGGGCUGCCGCCAAAGGACUCCUGGGAUCGAGGGUCGCAAGUGCGGCACCAGGCGGUCCGCCCUUCUCACCUGGACUUGCAGGGGGGUCCGUGCUGGAAUCCUCAGGCACAUUAUGUCCAGGCUGAGACCAAGAAGCAGGCCUUCGUGAUGUCCCUGGAACCCAAAGGGCCUAUCAAAAGUCUCUCCCCUAGACUUCCGGCCAAGUGCAAGUCUGUGGGCAUCAUCCGAGGAGCACCCCGCUCCCCUCAGAGCUGGGAAGAGCAGCCCAAAUGGCACCACGUACACUCAAGGGGCACCAACACCAACAUGCUCAAGGGGAGGGACGGCCACGGGCUCUCCUUUCCUCCCAGCUACCCGUCCAGUGCCAUGAAUGUCACCACAGCCAAAUAGCACCUGUUGCAGCUGCUGGAGGCCCGAUCCUGUAACACUAGGCCUGGAACAUGAGAGCUCUUUGCUGCUGAACUCAGAAGAGGUUUCGGCCAAUGGAAGCUAUUCUGACUUAGAAAGGUUCUUUCUCUCCGCCAUUGGCUGCACUAUCUGGAAUAUAUAUUCCCAGGACAAAAGAGAUGCA